CCAGUCGUCCAAGAUGAGUCUCAGCAACAAGGUGGUGAUCGUGACGGGAGCCAGCAGCGGCAUUGGAGCCGCCAUUGCCCAGGUUUUGGCCCGCGAAGGUGCCACUUUGGCGCUGGUCGGCCGCAAUGUGGCCAAUCUGGAGGCCACGAAGAAUAACUUAAAGGGCACGCAGGCGGAGAUUGUGGUGGCCGAUGUGACCAAGGAUGCGGAGGCGAUUGUCCAGCAGACAUUGGCCAAGUUUGGACGCAUCGAUGUGCUGGUGAACAAUGCCGGCAUCCUGGGCAAAGGUGGCCUCAUCGAUCUGGACAUCUCGGAGUUCGAUUCGGUGCUGAAUACCAAUCUUCGUGGUGUUAUUCUGCUAACGAAGGCGGUGCUGCCGCAUCUCCUCAAGACCAAGGGAGCCGUGGUCAAUGUGAGCAGCUGUGCGGGCAUUCGUCCAUUUGCCGGUGCUUUGAGUUAUGGCGUCUCGAAGGCGGCCCUCGAUCAGUUCACCAAAAUAGUGGCCCUCGAAAUGGCACCGCAAGGUGUGCGCGUGAAUUCGGUGAAUCCCGGCUUUGUGGUUACCAAUAUCCACAAGAACAUCGGCAUCGUCGACGAGGAGUAUAAUGGCAUGCUCCAGCGGGCCAUCCAAUCGCAUCCCAUGGGCCGUGUGGGCGAUGUCACCGAAGUCGCCGAGGCCGUGGCAUUUUUGGCCAGCUCCAAGGCCAGUUUCACCACCGGAGCACUGUUUCCCAUCGAUGGUGGCAAGCAUAAUUUGACGCCUCGAUAAAUUACUUUACUACAUUACUUCCCAUCACUUAUAAAUACAUUUUUUUUAUAAUAAAUAAGCUGUAACCACUCUUAAA